AUGGCAGCUAAAUUCAUGCCGGUGACGCACGUGAUCUUUGACCUGGACGGCGUGGUCUUAGACACUGAGAAAAUCCACGAGGAGGCAGUACAGACGAUCGCCAGCCGUUACGGGAAGAAGUACACGUGGGAACUGAAGGUGAAGGUGAUGGGCACAACCGGGCCGGACUCUGCGCGAUUGGUGAUCGACGGCCUGAACUUGCCACUCACCGUGGGCGAUUACCUGGCAGACUUGGGCCGCAUCUACGCUGAGAAGUACCCCAAGGUUGACCUCAUGCCCGGCGUGGAUCGGCUCGUGCGACACCUCCACAAGCACAGUAUCCCCAUGGCGAUAGCUACUAGCUCUAAGCGCGUCGCAGUCACGAUGAAGACUGCAAACCACAAGGAGCUGUUCGCACUGUUCCACCACGUGGUCUGCGCAGGCGACAACCCCGAGAUCAAGCACGGAAAGCCGCACCCGGAUAUCUUCCUGGUCGCCGCGUCCCAGUUUGAUGGGAAGCCGCCACCCGCAAAGGUGUUAGUAUUCGAGGACGCCCCAAACGGUGUAACUGCCGCCCUCGCUGCUGGAAUGCAAGUCGUCAUGCUUCCGGACCCUCGGAUGGACGAAAAAAACAAGCGGCGGGCCACCAUGUGCGUCGACUCACUGAGAAAUUUCAAGCCAGAGCUCUUCAGCCUACCACCUUUCAAAGACGCCGGCAAGAAUAGUUCGCCUGAUGACGCAAAUAGUGACCUAUAG